UGGUGCCGUUGUAACUGUUUAAACUGUAAACCAUUAAAAUGUACUUAUUCUCUGUUCUCAGCCUGACUUAUAGUUACCUUGGUGACUCUAGUAUUAUGUUUUUGCCAGUGUUUGAGAUGAGGGUGUGACAACCUCUACAUAAGUCCCUACAAUUAUGUAUCAGAAAUAUAUCAGCCACAGUCAAGCUUGUGUGUAUGUGACUGUGAGAGAGCAUAGUGUAUUCCUCUCUCCCUCACCACCACGUGACCUGUAAUACUCCAUAUGGCCCGCUGACGUCUGUACUUCCUAAUCUCUGUCUCCCUGUCUCUCUCUACCUCGCUGAGGCUUUACAGGCAGCAGUGCUCAGCGAGAAGUCAGAUUUGUGCCUUCACUUUGACAAAAAAAACACCUGUCACUGUCUCCUGUUGGACUGAACACACUUUCAGUUCAGCCAGGAAGCUUAAUCAGCUGACAGCAAUAUACAGUAUCUGUUAAAGGGAGGUGUUAAGGACAAUUUACUCAAGUGUGGAGUGGACAUAGCUGUGGACAGUGAUGGACACUAUGGUGUGUCCGAUGGGUGGUGGGGCCACCAGGCUGUACGGCACCCUGACUCAGACCCUCAGCAGCAGCUCUCCUCUCCCCCUCCCUCCAUCUCACCAGCUUGCAGUCACAAACCUGGAUCCAGCUUUCUGUCAGGAGCAGAAGGUGUCCCCCGUAUGUGCCCCUGAUCCAGUGGAGCUGCUUCGACAGUGUGAGGAGGCCCUCAGGGACCGACAGCCUCGCUUCCACAGAAAGUUCACUCACAUCAGUGAUGGAGACAGCACCCCAAGCAGCCCCAUCAGGGUGAUGCAGUGGAACAUCCUGGCCCAAGCUCUCGGCGAAGGACUUGACAAUUUUGUCCAGUGUCCCCCAGAGGCCCUCAGCUGGUCCCGCAGGAAAUACCUUAUCUUAGAGGAGAUCCUCACCUACCAACCUCAUAUCCUGUGUCUGCAGGAAGUUGACCACUACUAUGACACCCUCCAGCCAGUUCUGGCAGGCCUGGGUUACAGUAGCAACUUUUGCCCUAAACCCUGGUCACCGUGCCUGGAUGUGGAGGGCAACAACGGCCCUGAUGGCUGCGCUCUGUUCUUCGAUCAGUCACGGUUCGAGCUCCAGGAUAGCGUGAACAUACGGCUCUCUGCAAUGAGGAUUCCAACCAAUCAGGUUGCCGUCGUGAUGAUGCUGCGUUGUCGGAGCACACAGAGAUGCGUGUGUGUGGCAGUGACACACCUGAAGGCUCGUUCUGGGUGGGAGUGGCUCCGCAACGCCCAGGGCUCCGACCUCCUGCGACACCUCCAGAAUCUGGUCCAGAAACACUCCAGUGAUCCUGGGGCUGCCCCCAGCUCUGACAUUCCUUUGCUAAUAUGUGGAGAUUUCAACGCAAUCCCAACUGAGGAGGUGUACCAACGUUUCAGCGCAUCACCUCUGGGUUUGGACUCAGCCUAUAAGAAACUCAGUCCGGACAGUUUGACUGAACCACAAUACACAACAUGGAAGAUUCGGCCAACAGGAGAAUGUUGUGCCACUCUGGACUACAUCUGGUACAGCCAGGACACACUUAGAGUGGACGCAGUUUUGGACAUGCCCACUGAGGAACAGAUUGGGCCAAACAGGCUUCCAUCCUUUGGCUAUCCAUCUGAUCAUCUCUCUUUGGUUUGUGACUUCAGCUUUAAGUAGGAGAAGUGAGAGGGAAAUAAUGAUCCAGCGCAGAGGAACAGGCUGAGCUAAGAAGAGACGGAGUCGACAUCGGCUCCUGGUUGGCUUCACUCAAGGAGAAGGCCUGCAGAUGAGAUGCCAAGAGAUGGAAGCUAGCUUCUGACUGGAUGGAAAAGUCAGAUAACUUAUGAUGAAGGUGCAGAGCAACAGCAUCGUCUACCUCCCCAAAGUCUAAUAUUAUGCGUGUGUUUCCUGCACAAUGUUACUGAUCUGUACCUUCAUCUGUACUCAAACACAAACCAUACAGUCAAACUAAUGAAUGGAUUGGAAAAUUUUUUGUCUAAAUAUAUACAUAUAUAUAAAUAUAUGCAAGAAUAAAGUGUUUUUGCUCCACAUGUGUGGCUUA